UGGUCUUUCACAUUGCUCUCUUCCGCGUCAACAUGGCGGCAUCCAUCGUAUCCCAGAUUGUAGCGAGAGGACUACGUGGAGCAAGCGCCAAGCACUUGUUUCUUGACAAAUUCAAGUGUGCACGGGUGAGUUCCAGGCGAUGGCUGAACCUGCAGGAGUAUCAGAGCAAGAAGCUGAUGCAGGAGAGUGGGGUUACAGUCCAGCGCUUCUACGUGGCUGACAAUGGCCCUGACGCCCUGCAGGCUGCCAAGAGACUCGGUGCCAAGGAGAUAGUCCUGAAGGCCCAGAUUCUGGCUGGGGGACGAGGCAAGGGCGUGUUCGACAGUGGCCUUAAAGGUGGAGUGCACUUAACUAAAGACCCCUCGGUGGUGGGUGAUCUGGCCAAUAAGAUGCUAGGUUAUAGCCUGACCACCAAGCAGACUCCAAAAGAGGGAGUGAAAGUAAAAACGGUGAUGGUGGCUGAAGCCCUGGACAUCACCAGGGAAACCUACUUUGCCAUCCUGAUGGACCGGGCCUGCAACGGGCCUGUCAUGGUGGGCAGUCCUCAGGGUGGGAUGGACAUAGAGGAGGUGGCCGACAAAACCCCAGAGCUCAUAUUUAAGGAAGUCGUAGAUAUUUUCGAGGGGGUGCGAGACGACCAGGCGCUCCGCAUGGCAGCUCAUUUGGGUUUCAAAGGACCUCUGGAGAGACAGGCUGCAGAUCAGAUUAAGAGGCUCUAUGAUCUGUUCCUGAAAGUCGACGCCACUCAAGUUGAAGUCAAUCCUCUCGGAGAGACUCCCGAAGGACAAGUGGUGUGCUUUGAUGCCAAGAUCAAUUUUGACGAUAACGCAGAGUUCCGUCAGAAAGCCGUCUUUGCCCUGGACGACAUGUCAGAGAGCGAUCCCACCGAGACGGAGGCAGCCAAAUGGGACCUCAAGUACAUCGGCUUGGAUGGAAACAUCGCCUGCUUUGUGAAUGGGGCUGGUCUGGCUAUGGCCACAUGUGAUAUCAUCGACCUCCAUGGAGGGAAGCCGGCCAACUUCCUGGACCUGGGAGGAGGGGUGAAGGAGAAGCAGGUGUACGAGGCAUUCAAACUGCUCACUGCUGACCCCAAGGUGGAAGCCAUCCUGGUGAACAUCUUCGGGGGCAUCGUCAACUGUGCCAUCAUUGCCAACGGUAUCACCAAGGCUUGCCGUGAGCUGGAGCUCAAAGUGCCUCUGGUUGUCAGGCUGGAAGGUGCAGUCAGGUGGCAGGAAGGGUGGAGUGCAUCACACUCCAUCCUGGAUAUGACAGAGUUUGCCUCAACCCAUGGGUUCAGCAGGAAGAGUUAAAUAAAUACAGCUGGAUGUGAGAUGCAGGAAGAUGGCACUCUUCUCAUACCAGUCUGUAGCUACUGACCAAGUUUCCUCCAGGAGUAAUAUGAGAUGAGUGCAAUUUCUGAACUUACACAAUGUACAAAACAUUAAGGACACCUUCCUAAUAUUUAGUUGCACCCCCACUUUUGCCCUGAAACAGCCUCAAUUCGUCAAGGCAUGGACGCACGGUGUCGACAGCAUUCCACAGGGAUACUGGCCCAUGUUUACUUCAAAGCUUCCCACAGUUGUGUCAAGUUGGCUGGGUGUUCUUUGCGUGGUGGACCAUUCUUGGUGCACACGGGAAACUGUUGAGUAUGAAAACCACAGCAGCAUUAAAGUUUUUGACACAAACCGGUGGCUGGGCACCUACUACCAUACCCCGUUCAAAGGCACUUCAACCUUUUUAUCACUCUGAAUGGCACACAUACACAAUCCAUGUCUCAAUUGUCAAAAAUCAUUCUUUAACCGGUCUCCUCCCCUUUGUCUACACUGAUUUGAAGUGACAUCAAUAAGGGAUCAUAGCUUUCACCUGGUAAGUGUUUGUCAUGGAAAGAGCAGGUGUCCUUAAUAUUUUGUGAACUCAGUAUAUGUAGAUAUUCUAAACAACGUGUUUUGAUAACUUUACAGUGUAACAGUUCCAUGUAGAUUAAACCAUCCUUCACAUAAUACUGUAGAAGCAGUGUUCUGCUGAUAUAACAAUGUGCAAAUAUUACACUUGUCUUUCAUCUCCGAUGACGUGGAUGUCGAUUAAGGCAGCACCGCUGAUUUAGACGGGUUGGGUUAAAUGAGGAAGACACAUUUCAGUGGAAUGCAUUCAGUUGUACAAUUGACAAAGUAUCCCCCUUUCCCUUUCUAUUGUCAUUCACAGCCCAUUUCAGAAUCUGUACCAAUUAGCAUGUUGUCUGUUGGUACAUGUUAGUCGUCAUCCCUUCGUAUGGUGUCCCAUAUAAGACAGUUCCCUGACACGUUUGAAGAAUACACAGGCUCCCCCCACCAUUCAAUUCAAUAAUAACAAAAGAUGAUGAGAAGUAAUAGAUGUGUCUUGUGUAAUUGUUAUGCAGUGUGCAGUGCAAGGUCUCUCCCAGUUCAGACAUCUGUAUCAACCUGUCUUUUAGUCAGGGGACUCCAUGACAAACAAUCUCUCCUGUCCCCCAUCUGUGGAAGAACAAGGUAGAGUUGAUACGGCACUGAUUACAUUGUCAAUGAUUGUAAGGUGAAUUCCAGGACAGACAAGUCACAGUAUUCUGACCUAUGACCAGAUCAAAUGCGACCAACCUGAAGUGGGACCGGUGCCUGGUCACGUACUGUCUGAUAUGGUAGGGGGGUUUCCACAACACUGCUGAACAACAAAUCCACCAGGUUUUGGAAGUAGCCUGUGAAUUAAAUAUCACUCAAUAAACGUAUAUCUCUAGUUUGGAAGUAAUUAUACUAAUAAACUAAGUACAGACUAGAUUCAGGCCGUGACACUGACGCCGUUACUAUGCAACCAGCUGUGUAACAUUACGUUGCUGAAUGCUUGCAGACACGUACUGGUACUCAGACUGGACAAGUACCGUCCAUCAUUUACUUAUUUUGCCCAACAAUAUAUACAAUAGACUUUUAUGAGAACAGGCAUGUUGCACUAGUAGCAGACGAAGCCCCCGAAUGCUAGCUAGCUAUUUCUAACCUAGCCUUUGAUCAUGACUCCAAGUUCCAUCACAGUAAAGGCAGAAUACCACCAGGGCCUGAGUUAUCGAGAGCAUGUGCUAACCCUAACAACAUGCCUGUUCUCAUAAAAUUAGCUAGCUACCUAACUUGCAUAACUAACGUUAGUUAGCAGGGAUCUUCUUAGCUUAGUUUGAGUUGAAACAUGUUUGAUAGCAAGCUGGCUAACGUUACAUCCUAUCAAACCUUAUCGUCAUGUGCAAUGUUAGCUAGCCAUAUCUUCCUUUCUAUGACAUUAGGGAAAGGCUAUGUACAUUACAGUAUCAUAGCUAGCUAGUUAAUCACCACACACCAGUCACAGCUAUCAUGUUGCACAUUUGUUGUAUGUAAUCCAUUCCUUACCAUCUUGCGCAAUAUUGUUGAAUGUUUUUGAAGUUUGCACCAACUUUAUGGAAGCCCAUUUUCACUCCUAUGCCGAGCAAGUGUGCGUGCGUUGCAGACUUGACAACAUGUCCACAACACAUAACAGUUGGGCCGGACACCACCUUGUUGUCUCUGGGCAGUUGGACAUCAUUGGCACAAGUGGGCAUGUAUGUAAUUUAUACCCAACCCAUCAAUACCCGUCAUGACGCACUCACUUCCAGAUCUCCUUUUGGACGAGACUGACUUUAUGACCAUAAUUAUACUACACUAUGUAGUCAAUUCUGAUACUGCAAUUUCUGGCUCAUCAAUGACACACAGGCCGUUAUAACCAGAUAAGUUGGUUCUAGGGGGCAGUUCCCCUUUAAAAUCCAUAGAUGGGGUUGAAUUUCCUGAAUGGAGGAAGCAGCAUUCCGUGUGGUCGAUACUGCUUUGACCACACACACAUACAUGUGUUUUUGUGUUCACUCUGCCAAUAUGUUUUCCUGGAAGACACAAAAAUAGAACAUUUAAUUGGUGGUUUCACUUUUCACAAACAUGCAACAAACGGCCCCUGGCUCUCAAAUUGGGGACUGGCUCAGAAGGUCAUGAUGACCAUUGGGUAGAAACAGAGCCCUGAUGGGUUUUAAUCCUUGGUUUAGCUGUGGUCAUUACAGCAGGGGCAUCAAAGAGAGGGAUUGGUUAGUCAAUCAGCUGAGCUAGCUGCGCUGACCACAGACCCCAUAAUGGCAGGAAGCUCUUCAACAGGAUCAGCCAGGAUUAACUCCACCACUUUUAAUUGGCAAGCCUUUUCUCUGCCUGCCUCCUUUUGGCACAGGUAGGGGUUGGCUGUUUUCUGAAUUCUCUAUUGAGGGCUGAGUACCACAAGGUGUGGAGUUAAGUUGAUGCCAGUGGUUGUUGUAUGAAUGGACAGGCUUUCAUUAAUUGGUCAUUUAGUUUAUUGAUGAACACUGCUGAUUACCUGGUUGUCAAGGUCACCAAUUCCAGUAGCCAUACCUGAUGUACAGUGCAUUCUGAAAGUAUUCCCUAAUCAAUCCACACACAAUACCCCAUAAUGACAAAGCGAAAAGUUUUAGGUUUUUUUGCAAAUUGGUUAAAAAUAAAAAAACAGAUACCUUAUUUACAUAAGUAUUCAGACCCUUUGCUGUGAGACUCGAAAUUGAGUUCAGGUGCAUCCUGUUCCAUUGAUCAUCCUUGAGAUGUUUCUACAACUUGAUUGGAGUACACCUGUGGUAACUUAUAUUGAUUGGACAUGAUUUGGAAAGACACACACCUGUCUAUAUAAGGUCCCACAGUUGACAGUGCAUGUCAGAGCAAAAUCCAAGCCAUGAGGUCGAAGGAAUUGUCUGUAGAGCUUUGUGUCGAUUGUGUCGAGGCACAGAUCUGGGUAAGGGUACCAAAACAGUUCUGCAGCUUUGAAGGUCCCCAGGUAGCCUAGUGGUUAGAGCGUUGGACUCGUAACCGAAAGGUUUCAAGAUCGAAUUCCCGAGCUGACAAGGUAAAAAUCUGUCGUUCUGCCCCUGAACAAGGCACUUAACCCACUGUUCCUAGGCUGUCAUUGAAAAUAAGAAUGUGUUCUUAACUGACUUACCUAGUUAAAUAAAGGUAAAAUAAAAAACACAGUGGCCUCCAUAAUCCUUAAAUGGAAGAAGUUUGGAACCACCAAGACUCAUAGAGCUGGCCGCCCGCCCAAACGGAGCAAUCGGGGGAGAAGAGCCUUGGUCAGGGAGGUGACCAAGAACCCGAUGGUCACUCUGACAGAGCUCCAGAGUUCCUCUGUGGAGAUGGGAGAACCUUCCAGAAGGACAACCAUCUCUACAGCACAUCAAUCAGGCCUUUAUGGUAAAGUGGCCAGACGGAAGCCACGCCUCAGUAAGUUGUGAUACAGCCUGGAAUCGAACCAGGGAGUUCGUGCCACUCGGGAGCCCCGACAACGACCCUAAGCCACACAGCCUAGACAACACAGGAGUGACGUCGGGUUGAGUCUCUGAAUGUCCUUGAGUGGCACAGCCAGAGCCCGGACUUGAACCCAAUCGAACAUCUCUGGAGAGACCUGACAAUAGCUGUGCAGCGACACUCCCCAUUAAACCUGACAGAGCUUGAGAGUAUCUGCAGAGAAGAAUGGGAGAAACUCCACAAAUACAGGUGUGCCAAGCUUGUAGCGUCAUACCCAAGAAGACUCGAGGCUGUAAUCGCUGCCAAAGGUGCUUCAAUAAAGUACUGAGUAAAGGGUCUGUAAUUGUGAUAUUUCAGUUUAAAAUGUUUGCUAAAAUGUAUAACUUGUUGUUGCUUUGUCAAUAUGGGCUAUUUUGUGUAGAUGGUGAGGGGGAAAAAACAUUUAAUCCAUUUUAGAAUAAAGCUUUAACGAAUAUACACACAAACACACACACUAAAUGUAAGGUGCUCGAUGAGGAACUACUGCGUACUCCUUGAGACUCUGACCUCAGUGUUUGUGUGUGUUUGUGUUAUGUGUCUGUGUGUAUGCAUGAGUCUGUGUUAAUAAAAUUCCCCUUAUACUCACCACAGGGUCGAGUGAAAAAGUGAUUAUUCCCUUCAGGCCAUUCCAUUGCUAUUUAUUUACACAGCCAUUAUGUUGCUGCUUGUCUGUCUGUCUCUGGGCAUGGAGGCCAGUCUCCUUAAAGGGAUACUGGGGGGAUAUAGCCAUUUUCCAAUGUAAUUAAAAAAGGACUAGUGGUCCUGCAGAGGUCGAAAUGGCUCCGUCAGUCCUGACAAUGUCAUUAUAGCUUAAAUAGAACCAUCUACUGCUAUCUAGCUACAGACCAACACACACACACACACACACACACACACACUCACAGCCACACCAGCAUGCCUGUCACAUGCUCAUUACCACAAAUAUAAACUCUCACUCGCUUCUCCCUUUAUCGCUCUAGCACACGCUCUCUCAGACACUCAAACAUGCACACUUAGGGAAGGAACUAUAGGCUCUGAGUAACUAAAAUUGUAGUUUCAGAAAGAGAGCAGGAGGCCCUCCCUCCUCCUCCAGGUCCCAGACUGUGGCAGUGUAUUCCCCUCAGCCGGACAGUCCUCCAGGGUACAAUAGGCCCCUGCUACAGCCUGAUUUAGGAGAAUUAUCAUAAUCAGAUGAAAACUCAGGCAGGGCUGGCUGGGGCUGGGUCUCAUGGUGCUCCUGGUGCCAGUGUAGAUCCUGCUCUGUCCCAGUGCCAUGUUUAGAUCCCCAUACUACAGCCACAGGAGGGAGGCUGACAGCCCAGAUAUCCCAGCUGAAGGUACUGGACAGGGCUAGUCCUCAUCGCACAAACUGCAUUGACACACUAUUUGUACUGUGUAUGGGAGGAUGCAUUGACCAUGUAUGUUCUUUCAGUACACUGUGUUGCAUAGUGCUAACAGUUAUUUAUUCCACACAGUAGAACUCAUUCCAUUCUGUAGGCUAUUUCUAUAUGUAACAUUGUGAAUGUUCCUUCCUGCUGAAAGAUUACUGAAAUUGUAUAUAGUGUGUCUCUUCUUAAAGGGACAGGUCUCUCCUGGUGUUUCCUCUAGGCCAGGCUGUGAGUAGGUCUUCGGCAGCACCUACUGGCUGUAGGUGAAACCACACUACCUGUACAGUAUCAGUAGCCUGGGCUGCUGCUGUAGACAGACAGACACUGCUCCCUGCUGCUCACUCCGGAACUGCACUCUUUCCACACACCCUCUGCAGUCACACAGUGUCACUGAAACACACAAACACGCCCUGUUUGUUUUUUGACCAGCUGUGUGUUUGAACCCUAUGUAUGGUGAGAUUCUUAGAAAGUGUCUGUUGGUGUUAGAUGUAGGAAUUAGUUCUAGGAAUCCAGACAGAGCCAGCAAGUAUAUUCCCUCAUACCGUAUUUAUGUCUAUUUCUUUCCGUAUAGAAACCAAUUGUAUAGCAGCACAGUGUGAAGACCCAUAUAAAGAUUCAAAGGAAUGUUUGUUGUCUCAGAUUGUAUUUGUUAACCAGCUGAUAACAUUGAAUUUGACAUUUUAGUAAUUUAGCAGACGCUCUUAUCCAGAGAUACUUACAAGAGCAAUUAGUGUUAAGUGCCUUGCUCAAAAGGCACAUUGACAGAUGUGUCACCUAGUCGGCUCAGGGAUUCAAACCAGCAACCUUUCGGUUACUAGUCCAACGCUCUUAACGGUUAGGCUACCUGCCCCGUCCAUGGCCUCCACAGAAAUAUGAUCCCUGUGAUUCGUCAAUCUAAAUGAAGUUGAUAGGACAGUGUAUUGAGCCUCUGAGUGAAAGCAGUGCCCUUUGAGAUGAAGAUCAGAGGACGGAGGAUAAUAAGCUAUGAUUUUUGGUUCGAAAAGGACUUUAGAUACCAUAUUUGCUGUGUGUCUACCCAUAGCCUUCCCCUCCUCUACUUAGAUCACACAAUUGAUUGCUUUGUGCAGAACUCAAGAAAUAUGUUUAGAAUGACGUGUUAUCUCACUGGACAAAAGUGCUGAAAUAUUAGGAGUUAAGUGGCGGCGGUAAUAUAAUUCCUGCUUCUAUUGAUUAGACAGCCAAGCUCCUGAGAUUGCACACAUCAUGCAAUCUUAAUUAAACACCAGCCAGGAGAGCCGAGCCGACGCGUGGACACACACACGCACACUGUAGUAAUGUGGAACACCUGUGUUAUGUAAAUUCCCUCCUCCCUGCUGUACCGUUCUCACCUGUGAAAUCAGUGAAUCAGUGAACACCACAUAAACAGCUGGCCUCUUUCUAUUAUUUGGCUUUUUCUAGGCUUUUUUUUCUCUUCUGUUUUUUUAGCUCUCUCUCUUUCGCUUCUCUUUUCUCUAUCAUUGCUUUGUUGGUUAACCAGUGUAGCCCCAGGGUUAUAGUGACUCAGGGUGUGUCUGCAUGGUUAGAGCAUCACUGGGACACGAUCAGAUCAGCAGAGACCCCGCCAGCUGCCUGCCUCCUCACACACCCCCCCCCCC